UCCACCUACUAGGCCAGCAUUAUUCUGGAAUUGAAGUGCUACCUAUUAUUCCCAAAAUUAUUCCGGAAUAAUCGGUACACCCCUAGCUACACAGCAUAUAGAUAGUGCUAUUGACAUCGCAUUUGUUAAUCAGUCUCUGAGUUGAAAUGGAAGGGCUGCUCAAGGCACUUCUUGUUCUUUGCUUUAUAGCUACAUGCAAUGGAUCAUGCUCAGAUCUUAAUCUUGGGAAUACUGGCUGCUGCACUUUAUUUGAUUGUCAAAGCUCUACAGAUUUUUGCUACUGUGAUGUGUCUUGCUAUACCUAUAAUGACUGCUGUCCUGAUAUUACAGAGAUUGGCUGUUAUCCUUAUGAAACUACAAAAUGUAAUAACACUGACAUUCGUCUUGUUGGUGGAUCUAAUGCUAAUGAAGGAAGAGUUGAAGUGUGUGCUAAUGAAACUUGGGGUACUGUCUGUGAUGAUGACUGGGACAAUGAUGAUGCUGCAGUUGUAUGCCGACAGUUAGGAGUUGAUGGAGAUUCCAUUGCUCGUACUAGUGCUUAUUUUGGUGCUGGUACUGGUCCUAUUAACAUGAACAAUGUUCAGUGUACUGGAAAUGAAGGAUUACUUGUCAACUGUACUUACUCAUCUACUCAUGACUGUGGCCAUUCUGAAGAUGCCGGUGUUACUUGUGGUGCAACUCUUCAGUGUAAUCACUCAGACAUUCGUCUUGUUGGUGGAUCUAAUGAUAAUGAAGGAAGAGUUGAAGUGUGUAUUAAUGGAAUAUGGGGUACUGUCUGUGAUGAUCUGUGGGACAAUAAUGAUGCUGCAGUUGUGUGCAACCAGUUAGGAAUAGAUGGAAUUGCUAUUGCUCGUACAAAUGCUUAUUUUGGUGCUGGUACUGGUCCUAUUAACAUGGACAAUGUUCAGUGUACUGGAAAUGAAGGAUUCCUUGUCAACUGUACUUACUUAUCUACUCAUGACUGUGGCCAUUCUGAAGAUGCUGGUGUUACUUGUGGUGUACAACCUCAAUGCAAUAACACUGACAUUAGUCUUGUUGGUAGAUCUAAUGAUAAUGAAGGAAGAGUUGAAGUGUGUAUUAAUGGAAUAUGGGGUACUGUCUGUGAUGGUCUUUGGGGAUCUGCUAAUGCUGAAGUUGUAUGUAAUCAGUUAGGAAUAGAUGGAAUUGCUAUUGCUUGUACAAAUGCUUAUUUUGGUGCUGGUACUGGUCCUAUUAACAUGGAUAAUGUUAGGUGUAUUGGAAAUGAAGGAUUACUUGUCAACUGUACCUAUCGACCUAAUCACAAUUGUUUCCAUUCUAAAGAUGCUGGUGUUACUUGUGGUGCACCACCUGAAUGCAAUAACACUGACAUUCGUCUUGUUGGUGGAUCUAAUGAUAAUGAAGGAAGAGUUGAAGUGUGUAUUAAUGGAGCAUGGGGUACUGUCUGUGAUGAUUUUUGGAGUGUUUCUAAUGCUAGGGUUGUAUGUAGGCAGCUUGGUUUUGGAUCAAAUGGUAUUCCAUAUAGUGAUGCUUAUUAUGGUUUUGGUAAUGGUCUUAUUGUAAUGGAUGAUGUACAUUGUGAUGAAACUGAGGAAGCACUUGUAAACUGUCAACAUGAUACUUAUCAUAAUUGUGAUCAUACUGAAGAUGCUGGAGUUAGGUGUAUAGUUGACUGUGCUAGUUCUGGUAGCAUUCGUCUUGUUGGUGGAUCUAAUGUUACUGAAGGAAGAGUUGAAGUGUGUAUUAAUGGAGCAUGGGGUACUGUCUGUGAUGAUGACUGGGGACCUCCUGAUGCUGCAGUUGUUUGUAGGCAGUUAGGAAUUGAUGGAGGUUCUAUUGCUCGUACUAAUGCUUAUUUUGGUGCUGGUACUGGUCCUAUUAACAUGGACAAUGUUCAGUGUACUGGAAAUGAAGAAUUUCUUGUCAACUGUACUGACUCAUCUACUCAUAACUGUGACCAUUCUGAAGAUGCUGGUGUUACUUGUGGCAUACAACCAUCCUGUAAUUAUAGUGACAUUCGUCUUGUUGGUGGAUCUAAUACUAAUGAAGGAAGAGUUGAAGUGUGUAUUAAUGGAAUAUGGGGUACUGUCUGUGAUGAUGGUUGGGACAAUGAUGAUGCUAGUGUUGUAUGCAGCCAAUUAGGAAUUGAUGGAAUUGCUGUUGCUCGUACUAAUGCUUAUUUUGGUGCUGGUACUGGUCCUAUUAACAUGGACAAUGUUCAGUGUACUGGAAAUGAAGGAUUCCUUGUCAACUGUACUUACUUAUCUACUCAUAACUGUGGCCAUUUUGAAGAUGCUGGUGUUACUUGUGGUGUACAGCCUGAUUGCAAUAACACUGACAUUCGUCUCAUUGGUGGAUCUAAUGCUAAUGAAGGAAGAGUUGAAGUGUGUGUUAAGGAAACAUGGGGCACUGUCUGUGAUGAUGACUGGGAUAAUGAUGAUGCUGCAGUUGUAUGUAGGCAGUUAGGAAUUGAUGGAGGUUCCACUGCUCGUACUAAUGCUUAUUUUGGUGCUGGUACUGGUCCUAUUAACAUGGACAAUGUUCAGUGUACUGGAAAUGAAGGAUUCCUUGUCAACUGUACUUACUCAUCUAUUCAUAACUGUGCCCAUUAUGAAGAUGCUGGUGUUACUUGUAUACAAACAUCCUGUAAUCAUGGUGACAUACGUCUUGUUGGUGGAUCUAAUGAUAAUGAAGGAAGAGUUGAAGUGUGUGUUAAGGAAGCAUGGGGUACUGUCUGUCAUGGUCUCUGGGACAAUAAUGAUGCUGCAGUUGUAUGUAAUCAGUUAGGAAUAGAUGGAACUGCUAUUGCUUAUACUAAUGCUUAUUUUGGUGCCGGUACUGGUCCUAUUAACAUGGAAAAUGUUCAGUGUACUGGAAAUGAAGAAUUACUUGUCAACUGUACCUAUCGACCUAAUCACAAUUGUUUCCAUUCUGAAGAUGCUGGUGUUACUUGUGGUCUACAGCCUGAAUGCAAUAACACUAACAUUCGUCUUGUUGGUGGAUCUAAUGAUAAUAAAGGAAGAGUUGAAGUGUGUAUUAAUGGAACAUGGGGUACUGUCUGUGAUGAUGGUUGGGACAAUGAUGAUGCUGCAGUUGUAUGUAAUCAGUUAGGAAUUGAUGGAGGUUCUAUUGCUUACACUGAAGCUUAUUUUGGUGCUGGUACUGGUCCUAUUAACAUGGUCAAUCUUCAGUGUACUGGAAAUGAAGAACUCCUUGUUAGCUGCAGAUUUUCAUCAAAUUAUUAUUGUAGUCAUUCUUUUGAUGCUGGUGUUGCUUGUGGUCCUCCAUGUAAUCACUCAGACAUUCGUCUUGUUGGUGGAUCUAAUGAUAAUGAAGGAAGAGUUGAAGUGUGUAUUAAUGGUUUCUGGGGUACUGUCUGUGAUGAUUCUUGGAGUUAUUUUAAUGCUAGAGUUGUAUGUAGGCAAUUGGGUCUUGGAUCAAAUGGUAUUCCAUAUAGCCAUGCCUAUUAUGGUUCUGGUACUGGUCUUAUUGCAAUGGAUGAUGUAUACUGUGAUGGAACUGAGGAAGCACUUAUCAACUGUCAACAUACUAGUGAUCAUGAUUGUGAUCAUACUGAAGAUGCUGGAGUUAGAUGUAUAAUAAACAGUGACUGUGCUAGUUCUGGUAGCAUUCGUCUUGUUGGGGGAUCUAAUGAUAAUGAAGGAAGAGUUGAAGUGUGUAUUAAUGGUUUCUGGGGUACUGUCUGUGAUGAUCUCUGGGGAGCACCUGAUGCUAUAGUUGUAUGUAAUCAGUUAGGAAUAGAUGGAGCUUCAAUUGCUCAUACUAAUGCUUAUUUUGGUGCUGGUAUUGGACUUAUUAACAUGGACAAUGUUCAGUGUACUGGAAAUGAAGGAUUCCUUGUCAACUGUACUUACUUAUCUACUCAUAACUGUUUCCAUUCUGAAGAUGCUGGUGUUACUUGUGGUGCCACUACUCAGUGUAAUAAUUCCGACAUUCGUCUUGUUGGUGGAUCUAAUGAUAAUGAAGGAAGAGUUGAAGUUUGCCUAUUUGGAUCAUGGAGUACUGUCUGUGAUGAUUCUUGGGGACCUUCUGAUGCUGCAGUUGUGUGCAGGCAGUUAGGAAUCAAUGGAAGUUCUAUUGCUUACCCUCAAGCUUAUUUUGGUGCUGGUACUGGUCCUAUUAACAUGGGCAAUGUUCAGUGUACUGGAACUGAAGAACUCCUCAUCAACUGUGGAUUUUCAUCAAAUCAUUAUUGUAGUCAUUCUAAAGAUGUUGGUGUUGCUUGUGGUGUAACUCCUCAGUGUAACAAUUCAGACAUUCGUCUUGUUGGUGGAUCUAAUGAUAAUGAAGGAAGAGUUGAAGUGUGUAUUAAUGGUUUCUGGGGUACUGUCUGUGAUGAUGGUUGGGACAAUGAUGAUGCUGUUGUUGUAUGCAGCCAAUUAGGAAUUGAUGGAAUUGCUGUUGCUCGUACUAAUUCAUAUUUUGGUGCUGGUACUGGUCCUAUUAACAUGGACAAUGUUCAGUGUACUGGAAAUGAAGGAUUCCUUGUCAACUGUACUUUUUCAUCAAUACCUUAUAGUUGUGAUCAUUCUGAAGAUGCUGGUGUCAUUUGUGAUGGAGCUCCUCAGUGUAAUAAUUCCGACAUUCGUCUUGUUGGUGGAUCUAAUGAUAAUGAAGGAAGAGUUGAAGUGUGUGUUAAUGAUCAUUGGGGUACUGUCUGUAGCUCUACUUGGACAGUCUAUGAAGCUUCUCUUGUUUGCAAACAGCUUGGAAUUAAUGGAGUUUCUGUACCUCGCUCUAGGAUAUAUUUUAGUUCUAAUACUGAUAAUAGCGAUGUAUCAGUAUAUCUGUUCUGUACUGGAAAUGAAGUUAAUUUUACUCAAUGUGAAACUCAUUUGAUAUAUCAUUCGUUAUGUGUACUUUUCCAUAAUGAUAAUUACAAUGUUGGUGUUAGUUGUGGUUCGCCACUUAAAUGUAAGGACACUGACAUUCGUCUUGUUGGUGGAUCUAAUGAUAAUGAAGGAAGAGUUGAAGUGUGUAUUAAUGGAACAUGGGGUACUGUCUGUGAUGAUGACUGGGACAAUGAUGAUGCUGUGGUUGUGUGUAAUCAGUUAGGAAUUGAUGGAAUUGCUAUUGCUCAUACUAAUGCUUAUUUUGGUGCUGGUACUGGUCCUAUUAACAUGGACAAUGUUCAGUGUACUGGAAAUGAAGGAUUCCUUGUCAACUGUACUUACUUAUCUACUCAUGACUGUGGCCAUUUUGAAGAUGCUGGUGUUACUUGUGGUGUACAGCCUGAAUGCAAUAACACUGACAUUUGCCUUGUUGGUGGAUCUAAUGCUAAUGAAGGAAGAGUUGAAGUGUGUAUUAAUGGAGCAUGGGGUACUGUCUGUGAUGAUGACUGGGACAGUGAUGAUGCUGCAGUAGUAUGUAGGCAACUGGGCCUUGGAACAAAUGGUGUUUCUUAUGGCAGUGCUUUUUAUGGUCAAGGUAAUGGUAGUAUUGUAAUGGAUGAAGUAAACUGCAUUGGGACUGAGAAAUCACUGUUUCAAUGUGCAUACACACAAAUUCAUGAUUGUAGUCAUCAUGAAGAUGCUGGAGUGAAGUGUGUAGUCUCAGAAAGCAGCUCUAGCUCUAUCUCUGUGACUGUAAGUCAAACUUCAACCAUAUUAAAUACUGCUAGUCCAUCCUCCACUCCUAUACAAGGAAGUUGCUUGUCAUUGAAUCUACCAUACACUGGUUGCUGCAAUUUAAGUUAUAGUCCUGCAUGUAGCAGCAAUGGAUGCUAUUGUGAUGCAAUUUGUUACUUGUUUGGUGACUGUUGUGGGGACAUAGAAGACAUUGGAUGCAUAUUGAAACCCUCUUUCUCUAAUAGUGCAACAAGCUCAGAUUUGUUUUUAUCUAGCAUGAUAACAACAUCGAAGCAGUCCAGUACUAAUGCCAUUAUUAAAACAAGUGUAUUGGGUUCUAGUUCUACUGAUGUGCCUUCAGCAAGUACAUCAUUUAGCACAUUGUCUACUCCAUCAGACUUAUUUUUAUCUAGCAUGAUAACAACAUCGAAGCAGUCCAGUACUAAUGCCAUUAUUAAAACAAGUGUAAUUGGGUUCUAGUUCUACUGAUGUACCUUCAGCAAGUACAUCAUCUAGCACAUUGUCUACUCCAUCAGACUUAUUUUUAUCUAGCAUGAUAACAACAUCGAAGCAGUCCAGUACUAGUAUCAUUAUUAAAACAAGUGUAUUGGGUUCUAGUUCUACUGAUGUGCCUUCAGCAAGUACAUCAUUUAGCACAUUGUCUACUCCAGCAGACUUAUUUUUAUCUAGCA